AUGGCUGUCUCUUUCUCUCUGUUUUGUGCUCUCACCCUCUUCCUAAUCUUCAACCAAGUAAUCUCCCAACCCGCCCUUGACUCGGCCGAGCAAGAAUCGGUCUACCGAGUCCUCGACUCGAUCAACUCGGAAAUCCCCUGGCGGAACCUCUUCCCCGACGACCUCUGCCUCUCCGCCCCGCACGGCGUCGCCUGCGACUUGUUCGACGAAUCAGACGGCUCUCAAUCCACCCACGUCACCGAGCUAAGCUUCGGCUACGUCUCAGAUUACUCCCCGAACCCGCCGUGCACUCCCAACUCCACUAUAACCACUCCUCUCCUCUCCUCCUUCAAAUACCUCCGUAAACUCUUCUUCUACAAAUGCUUUUUCUCUUCCAAACAAGUCCCUGUUCCAGACCUCUCUGCUUUCGGCUCUUCUCUGGAGGAGGUCUUGUUCGUCGAAAACCCUUCUCUGGUUGGCUCUUUAGAGGGUAAAAUGGGAAACUUAACGAGUUUAAGGAGGUUGGUUUUCACCGGGAAUAAUGUUUCGGGCGAAAUCCCGGAUGGCUUGGGUGAUUUAACCAGCCUCGAACAGAUUACGCUCUCGAGGAAUAAGUUCACUGGGGAAGUGAAGGGAGAUUUGUCCAAGUUGAAGAAACUGAAGGUUCUUGAUCUUAGCCAGAAUGGGUUCGAAGGAUAUGUGUCUGAUUCGAUUGGAGGGUUGACCGAGGUUUUGAAGGUUGAUCUUAGUUGGAAUAAUUUUUCGGGGAAAAUCCCAGGUGGGUUGAAGAAUAUGAGGAAUUUGGAGUUUCUUGAUCUGGGUUAUAACAGUUUUGGUAAGUUUGGGAUUCCUCUGUUUUUAGGAGAGCUGACUAGUUUGAGAGAGCUGCAUUUGAGUGGGAACAACCUCGGAGGGGCGAUUCCGGAGAUUUGGGAGAAUCUCGGGGGUAUUAUGGGAAUUGGGUUAUCUGGCACCGGACUGGUUGGGAAUAUUCCGGCUUCCAUGGGGGUAUUUCUGAGAAACGCGUGCUAUAUAGGGCUCGAUAACAAUGGGCUUGAAGGGACAGUGCCAGAGGAGUUUGGCUCAUUGGAGUCUCUGAGUGAGAUUAAUCUGAUGAACAACAAGUUGAGGGGUAAACUUCCGUUUUCGGUUAAAUUCGCCGCGAAAAUGGGAGAGAAGCUGAAGUUGGAGGGGAACUCAGAUCUGUGCGUUGAUGAGGGAUUGAGGUAUGCCAAAAUUAGUGGCAGUUUAGGGCAGCUGAAAUUGUGCAGCAACAUCUCUCGUAUCGGUUCUAGCCAAGUCCUGUUUGUUGGGGGCAAUUCUGUCCAACAAACUUCUCAUCUGUUGAUGUUUCUGGGGUUUUUGUUACUUCUAGCAUAGUUGUAGUAUAACUUUACAUUUUACACUGCUGACUAGUUGGGACAUCAAUUUUGUGAGGUUGUAGUAAUUGUAGUUGGAAGGGAUAAUUAUGUAAUUAGGAGUUUCCACCAGUGAAAGCUGCAUAUAUAUUUAUGUUUCCAUUUAUGGCGGUAA